AAGAAAGUGUCACCAACGUACGCCGUACCAUCCAAGGGGCUCUCUGGAACCCUUGCAAGAAGUCCAGCGUCUCUUUCCUUCCCUCCCUCCCCCAGUGAAAGUGUCUUCGUGACAGCUGGACGUUCUUCGAGUUUCCUCGGCCAUCCGUGUGUCCGUGCGAAUACACACACACACGCACACACCGCGCGAACUCAAUAUUAUAUACUUAGCGCCAUGAAGGACACACGAAGCGAGAAGCGAAAAAGGUGGUGCGAAUUUUAAAGAAAAUCCAGAGAGGCAGGUAAGAAGCGGACGAUGCUUCACGGCGCUCUGCCGCGGGCCUUUCUGGCCCCGGGUCUCAGCUACAUGAGCUACUACAGUGAUGAGAUUCAUCACCCUGCCUACGCCGCGCCGCCGACCACGUGGCACAUACCGAUGGAGGAUCCGUCCUCGCCGAUUUACCCGCGGAUUCCAUCGGCCGAUCAUCACACACCGCUGCAAUCUUGGGAGUCCUCGAGUCCCCCGACACCGUGUCCUUUGGAUCUGUCCUUGAAACCGCUACCGACGCCAAAGACGGAAGAAAUGAUCGAGGUAGGCGACGAGAAAGAUCUCAGAAUUCGCGACGAAAUCCAUCCUCGUCCCGACAGUCGCAGAAACGGCGAUGACGAUCAACAGCUGGUAGUGGACGAUCUGGACACCGUACGCAGUUCCUCAGCACAGAGUCAUCAAAGUCAUUACGAACGACUGGUCCUCAGCAAGGAAUCGCCUCGCUUCCACGACUCCAUUGUCGACAAGAUCCAUCAUCUUCCCGAAGAGAGCACUCGACUGCCAUCAUAUCCCGGAAACGAACUCGCCUCCAAAUAUCAUUUGCACAAUCAGAAGCUUCUCCUGACGAGUCCGACGCACUUGCAAUCAAUGCAGGGGUAUCAUCAACAUCUCCUCUUAACACCGCAGCAGCAACUUCAGAGCGUUGACGGACCUAUGACACCACCCAGCACUCCGUCGCCACCUCAGUGUCCCAGAAGAAGAGUCCGUGAGGAGGAUCUCAUCUCGUCGUCCUCGGGCGCCAGCGGAGCCUCUUCCCUGUCGACCCCGAAGCAAACCAACAGCAGCGAGAAGACCGCCGCUCAACGUCCCAAGAAGAAACACGCCAGACGGCUCAAGUUUGACGAGGACACCAGUAGUCCGGUGUCGGGAACCGUCAUCUUGGGUCCGGACGAGGCGGUAGUUACUGGUGACAUCGAUCCUGCGUUCAACAUCGUCGAGGUCACGGAAGAGGCGCGCGCCGAACUAGCCAAGAUCGAGAAUCGGCUCGGACCGUAUCGGUGUAAGCUUUGCCGGCAGCUUCACGAGGAUGCGUUCCAGCUCGCGCAACACCGGUGCUCCCGAAUCGCCCACGUGGAGUACCGUUGUCCUGAGUGCGACAAGCGAUUCUCCUGUCCGGCCAAUUUGGCAUCUCAUCGACGUUGGCACAAGCCCCGAUUGCCCAACACCGAUAAUAAUUCCACAUCGUCUACAACGUCGUCGUCUUCGUCGUCGUCGUCGUCGUCGAACGGAGAGAUCCCUUGCACCAAAUGCGAGGCUAAGUUCACCAGACAAGUCGCCCUACGGAAACACCUAGCCACUCAACAUCCCGAGAGCAAUAACAACAUCAGCACUAGCAAUAACAAUAAUACCGAUGAUCAGAAAACCAUCAGCAAACCCGACAUCAUUCAGACAGUCCCGACCAGCCAGUUGACCAGCGAGAUGACCUGACACCAAUUUCCAGCGAGACCUCUGCCGAGACGACCUGGGCUCUACUGGAGAUUCGGCCUUGACUUGUAAGAGAGACGCGUGAUGAUGAGAUUUGUCAAUCAAUUCGCUUCGAUGAUUUUAAGAUAUUUGUAAUAUGUGAGUACAGAAAAUCAAAAAGCUAUUCUGUGUGCAUGUUCGUUCUAAUAUUAAGAAAAAAGACGAGAGAAAACAAUAAGAAAAAACAAAAAAUAGUCAUAAAAAAAAGGGGCCCUUAAUUUGUGAUCGACAAAAUUUCUUAAGUUUGUUUUAAUUUUUUUUU